AAUUAAUCACCGUAGCACGUCAAAAUCUUAUACGCGCAAUGAAAGUACUAUGGCUACUGUAGUUUAGAAAAUAAAAUAAUGUUGAAAAAUAUUCUAAUAUUGUUCAGUUUUUGCUGUGCAGCUGUUCACAUGGUCCCGACUAGUAAACCGAUACUAUUACAACUAACUCUAGAACAAAUUAGGAACACAUUUGAUAAUAUUAUGACUGACGAUUAUAUCGACACGCUAGCUAAACAAUUUGCUGCUAAAGCAGCGAAAUAUUUUACGAAAGAAAUGAAAAAACAGAGGAGCGCGAUCAUUGGCAAGAUUCAUGAAAGUUAUGGAAGUCCACACGUGGAUUCUACCAGUUCAAAUCAAGAAAACAAACAAAAGACAUUAGAAAAUUCUCAAAAGGUACAUGCUACUGCACUGAAGCAAGGACCAUCUAAACAGAAAGGACAAUUGCAAGAAGCGAAAGAGCCACUAAAGGAAGAAUAUGAAUCAAACGAAAAUAGUCCUCAAACACAAGAUGAUAAGGAUAAAAAUGAAGAGGACAAAAUCUUGAUGGAUUCUCGUGAAGCGUUCAAUCUUCUGAGGGAGCCUUCACCAGAUGGUGACCAUUUGGACUCACGUUCUGGAGAAAUGCUGAGUGGAGAAACAAGGGACAAGAUACCAGUCAUAGAAGUAAUGAAGAUCAAUGGUUCAUACUUUAGGAGGCUACUAGGGUUAAUAUAAGAAAUCUAUUAUAUUAAGUAUUUUGUUAGAAAAUGUUGAUUUGAUGUUAAUAAAACUUUUGUUGAUGUUAAGAAGGGCACGAAGGAUCAAAAAGUAUCAAAUGAAAAGAAAAAAAAGAAAGUAAGCUUCUGAAUCUACACAUCAGACAUAAUCCCAAACGUACUACUACUGAAUUAUCUUGACCUUGACUCAUUCUCUUAGAUAUUUCUCAGAAACUAAGGCACCAUUCGAUGGUAGCUAAUCCUCAAACAAUAUUAGAAUACAAAAUGAAGCAAGCCAUUAAAGAACCACGAACAUCGGACCAUUGAAUUCAACAAGAACGUAUUUAGAAAAUAAUUUCGUUUUAGCCGAAAAAGAAAAAGGAAAAAAGGACCUAAAUACAGCGGGCAUUGAUCAUUUAUUCACUCGUUACAUACCCAGUAUCCCAAACCUUCAUGAUAUUAUAAAUGUAUGGAAAGACGUGUCGUAUUAAAAUAUUUACGGGUACCUUCAAGGUGUUAUCCAUAGUCCUACCGGAUUACAGCCCGCGUCACUAUUAAAAGGCGUGAGAAGGGUCUCGCUAUGGCUACCUACCGCCAUUAAGAUAUGGAAUUAUUUCAUCUUAGUGUGUUUGAACGAGUUUUGCUUACUUUGGUAUUGUAGUUAGUUGUAAGGCAUUUAAUAAAUUGCCUUUCUUGCCUUAUUUA